UGUGUGUGUGUGUGUGUGUGUGUGUGCGGGGGGGGGGGGGGGAUGGAUCCUGAAGUGAAAUGGAGGAGAGGACGCGUUUUUCGGACGCCUUGCGGUGCGCAGCGUAUGCGCCGGUACGCGGUGGCCGUGUGCCUUCUGCUGUACGCGGCCGUGGCUCACGCCUCCCUGGCCAAGCAGUGCGAGAAGGGCUGCCUCUCCGGACAGUGUGUCAACGGGUCGUGUGUGUGCGACCGCGGAUGGGUAGGGGACCAGUGCCAACACUGCCAAGGCAGAUUCAAGCUGACAGAGCCCUCAGGAUACCUCACCGAUGGUCCAGUCAACUACAAGUACAAAACUAAGUGCACCUGGCUUAUUGAGGGCUAUCCAAAUGCAGUUCUCAGACUAAGGUUUAACCACUUUGCCACAGAAUGUAGUUGGGACCACAUGUACGUUUACGACGGAGACUCCGUAUAUGCCCCACUGGUGGCAGUUUUCAGCGGACUCAUCGUGCCGGAGGUGAGAGGAAAUGAGACGAUUCCUGAGGUUGAGACGAACUCUGGCUACGCGUUACUCCACUUUUUCAGCGAUGCUGCUUAUAAUCUCACGGGAUUUGAGAUAUUUUAUUCGAUCAACUCAUGUCCUAAUAACUGCUCGGGCCAUGGGAAGUGUACCACUGGAAACUCAAUUUCUAGCCAUGUCUACUGCGAGUGUGACAAGUACUGGAAGGGUGAGGCGUGUGACAUACCCUACUGCAGGAAAAACUGUGGCAGUCCAGAUCAUGGCUACUGCGACCUCACCGGGGAGAAGCUGUGUGUCUGCAAUGACAGUUGGCAAGGCCCAGACUGCUCUCUCACAGUACCUUCCACCGAGUCCUUCUGGGUCCUCCCGAGUGUCAAGCCCUUUGGAACAUCGCUUGCUCGAGCUUCCCACAAAGCUGUGGUGCAGGAGAAGGUCAUGUGGGUGGUGGGUGGAUACACCUUCAACUACAGCUCUUUUCAGAUGAUUCUUAACUACAAUCUGGAGAGUGGCAUUUGGAACACCGUUCCCAUUAACAGUGGACCUCUGCCAAGAUAUGGCCACUCCCUGGCCACCUACCAGGAUGAUAUCUACAUGUUUGGCGGGAAACUGGAGACAGGCUCGGGGAACGUGACUGAUGAGCUGUGGGUGUUCAACAUGCCCAGUGGGACGUGGCAGCGAAGGAGCCCCGUUGUGGCUCAGCCAAGCCAGACCCAGAUCUACGCUGUGGAGGGCCACUCGGCCCACUGUGUGCAGCUGGACAGUGGCGAGGCUAUCAUGGUGGUCAUCUUUGGCUACUCCCCGAUCUACAGCUAUGUCAGCAACGUGCAGGAGUACAACCUGAGGUCCAACACCUGGCUGGUCCCUGAGACCAAGGGAGCGGUGGCCCAGGGUGGGUACGGCCACAGCAGCACCCUUGACAGUGCCAGUCGCAGUGUGUACAUCCACGGAGGCUACAAAGCGCUGCCCGCCAACAAAUUUGGCCUGGUGGAUGAUCUCUACCGCUAUGACGUCAGCACGCGGACGUGGUUCAUUCUGAGGGAGAGCCGCUACCCCCGAUACCUGCACUCAGCCGUGCUCCUCAGUGGCACCCUGCUCGUCUUCGGAGGCAACACCCACAACGACACUUCCCUCAGCAACGGGGCCAAGUGCUUCUCUGCUGACUUCCUGGCCUACGACAUCGCCUGCGAUGAGUGGAAGCUUCUGCCCAAACCAGACCUGCACAGGGACGUCAACCGGUUCGGUCAUUCGGCUGUGGUCAGCAACAGCUCCAUGUAUGUGUUCGGAGGCUUCUCCAGUGUGCUGCUCAACGACGUGCUUGUCUACCGACCCCCGAGCUGCCGGGCCUUCCUGACGGAGGAGGGGUGUGCGAAGGCUGGGCCGGGGGUCCGCUGCAUCUGGACCAAAGACCGUUGUGUACCCUGGGAACCAAACAUGGCUAGUGGAAGCCCUUUAUGUCCCUCUAAAGCUGCCACAGUGGACGAGCAGUGCUACCAUUUCUCAGACUGUGCCAGUUGCACGGCCAACACCAACGGCUGCCAGUGGUGUGACGACAAGAAGUGCAUCUCUGCCUCAAGCAACUGUACCUCUGGUGUGAAGAACUUCACCAUGUGUCCCGUGAGGAACGAGCAGGUGUGCAGCAAGCUGGCCAACUGCAAGAGCUGCUCGCUGAACCUGAACUGCCAGUGGGACCAGAAUCAGUCCGAGUGCCAUGCUUUGCCUGCUCAGCAGUGCAACGAGGGCUGGAGCCAGGUGGGAGAUGCCUGUCUGAGGAUCAACUCCAGCCGUGAAAGCUACGACAACGCCCAGCACUACUGCAAGAACCUCAACGGCAACAUCGCCUCGCUCACCACCGCCAAGCAAGUCAACUAUGUGUUGGAGGAGCUGAAGAAGCUCCAUCAACACGACAAGCGGCUGUCACCCUGGGUGGGCCUGAGGAAGAUCAACGUGUCCUACUGGGGCUGGGAGGACAUGACUCCCUUCACCAACAGCAGUCUGCGCUGGCUACCGGGUGAGCCCAGCGACUCCGGCUUCUGUGCCUACCUGGAGGAGCCACAGGUGUCAGGCCUGAGGGCCAACCCCUGCACCGCCACCGCCCAUGGCCUUAUCUGUGAAAAAGCUGCUGGGAACCCUAACCAGAGCGCCCGUCCUUCUUGUAAGAGGCCGUGUUCCCUGCACAGCAACUGUGCCAACUGCACCAGCCAGGCCAUGGAGUGCAUGUGGUGCGGCAGUGCCCAGCGCUGCGUCGACUCCACUGCCUACAUCAUCUCCUUCCCCUACGGCCAGUGUCUGGAAUGGCAGACCGGAGACUGUCUCGCCCAGAAUUGUUCAGGCCUGCGGACAUGUGGCCAGUGCUUGGAGCAGCCAGAGUGUGGCUGGUGUGGCGAUCCUAGCAGCACGGGAAAGGGGCUUUGCACAGAGGGCUCCUACCGAGGGCCCAUGAAGAGACCAGCGAAACUGGGCUCGCAGAACCACUUCCAGGACAUGAGCUUGGACCUUGCAAUCUGCCCCAGGGACAAGGGCUACGAGUGGGCCUUCAUCCACUGCCCCGCGUGCCAGUGUAACGGCCACAGCACCUGUGUGAAUGGCAGUGUUUGUGAACAGUGCCGCAACCUCACCACCGGUCCACACUGUCAGACCUGCAUGCCUGGUUUCCAUGGAGACCCCACCAAUGGAGGAGAAUGCCAAGCCUGCAAGUGUAAUGGUCAUGCCAACGUGUGCCAUGUGCUGACCGGCAAGUGCUUCUGUACCACCAAGGGGAUCAAAGGUGAUCAGUGUCAGCUAUGUGACUCAGAAAACCGUUACCUUGGCAACCCGCUCAGAGGAACCUGUUACUACAACCUGCUGAUCGAUUAUCAGUUCACCUUCAGUCUCAUCCAGGAAGAUGACCACCACUAUACCGCCAUCAACUUCAUGGCCUCACCUGAACAGGCCAAUAAGAACCUGGACAUGUCCAUCAAUGCGUCCAACAACUUUAACCUGAACGUCACCUGGUCCGUGGGAUCAACAGCUGGAACCAUUUCUGGAGAGGAAGUGCCAAUUGUGUCCAAAACCAAUAUCAAGGAGUACAGAGAGACCUUCUCUUGUGAGAAGUUCACCUUCAGAAGCAACCCCAACAUCACCUUUUAUGUCUACGUCAGCAACUUCUCAUGGCCUAUCAAGAUCCAGAUCGCCUUUUCCCAACAGAACAGUAUAAUGGACCUUGUCCAGUUCUUUGUGACAUUUUUCAGUUGUUUCCUGUCACUACUCCUGGUGGCUGCGGUGGUGUGGAAGAUAAAGCAGACAUGCUGGGCUUCACGGCGGAGAGAGCAGCUGAUGAGAGAGCGUCAGCAGAUGGCCAGCCGUCCUUUUGCCUCCAUUGCUGUGAGCCUUGAUGUGAAGGAGAAGCAGACAGAGCUGCUGCAGCCUACAGUCGAUGGUCCACCAAAACCAAUUGCAAUGGAACCGUGUUCAGGGGGGAAAGCUGCCGUGUUGACUGUCCUCAUGUGCCUACCCUCGGGGCCUUCAGGCUUACCACCCCCAGGCCAGUCCGGACUCACGGUGGCCAGUGCGCUGAUAGACAUUUCACAGCAGAAAGCAGCGGACUUCAAGGAGAAGUCUCAGGGUUUUAAGAAUCGGAAGGCUCCACCUCCAGCCCACCAAGGCACCUGCAUCUGAGUCCUCAACCUCUUUGUCUUUUGGAUCCCUUUUUGUACUUUUUGGGGGUGUUUCUUUUUUUUUUGCAAUUUGUAUUUGGUCCCAGUCAGAAGAGCAAACUCGGGAAAGAAAAAAACCGCUUUGGCCACUACCAUCCAUGUUUUCAACGCUCACUGAAACUUUCCUCAUCCCAAGAGCACAAGUUAUUGUCCCCUGACCUUCUCGACCAUCCCGCCAUUCGACCAGUUGGCUGUUGUCUUGUCAUUAAUAUUUAUUCAGCCAGUGCCAUUUUGUCCUCCACCUAUUGGUCCAGAAGCUCUUCCCUUUAGCUUGGCCAGUCUUCAUGACCAGGCCAACCCUCCAUACUUGGGAUGAACAUUCAUAGCUAGUGACAUCAGAGACAGAUGAUUUAGAAAGAUUUGUUUGCACCUGGUGAACCUUCAUUCGUACAUAUCUGGUGACAGCCGCGCUGGCUAUUUAUUCGUCCAGCGUAAGGGAAAAGCAAAGGCACCCGAUGCCCCUACAUGAAAGUUCUGAACAAAGUGAAAUGGCACGCAAGCAAUUUCCAUCACACGGAUCUUUGUGUUGAAAAUCCAACAAAACGGUGAAGACGGCUGGUAGACAUGAAGGACGUACCGCCUGUGGGAGUUCCAACUUGUAUUUGCUCGACAACCUUUGGUGUUCUUUGGUGCUAAAAGGCUUCAGCUUCUGUGACAAGCCUGAGUCUUCAGUCAGCUGUGUUUGUACGCCCGGUUCAUUCGGCCUUUUCGCAGGGAGAGCUUCGUGUUCAGUAGGACACGUCUCUUUACACCCAGCAACAUCUGAAAGUGUUUUAAGUAGUUUUCCUCAUCCUACGGCAUCCCGCUAGUGAUCUCUCCAAGCAUCUGCUGCACAUCUGUAUGACCCACCCAGCUGAGGCUAAAGUCUGUAUCUCCUGUGGAACGCCCACGUGAAGGCUGCUGGGACAAGACGCUGCACCCAGCUAGCGGUGGGAUGCUGCAUGGGUGAGGACCGCAUAGUGGGGACGGUUAAAAAUGAAAAUAAGUAAAUAAAUAAAGUCAUUUAACCUAAAGCAUGGACGUUUUCCGCACUUGAAUAUUAUUAUUAUUAUUAUUUUUUUUACAAAACUGGUUAUUUUGAUUGUUUGAUGGUCCAGACUUUGCAGUAUCUCUCCGACUAAAAACCAAGUUACCAAACCCAGAAGGACGAGACGGUAGAGGAGCAGCCGUUGGGUUUGUCUUCUUUUUCUUUUCUUUUUUUACAUAACAAUCUAAUAUAAACACAAGUGUCGAAUUCAGUCUUGAUUUGGGGGGCGGGGGUGGAUGAAAUCCUCCACAGAGACUUCUACAUAGGGAUGGUCACAACAACAUCCUCCACAUCUGGCCUGCUGUGCGUUUACCGGCCCUGCACAUGUGGUCACACGGGACUCUCUCCUCCCACUUCUGCUACUUAAGAGUCACUGUUUGGUUUCCGCUUUUGAGCACAAAGGAUCAUCACAUCUUUUUUAGUGCCUCCGCGUCCCAUUAAUAGGAGUCCGGUGCAGGGGCCAUGGUGGUCCGUAGAAUCUGCCCCCCCACUCUGCAGGGAACGGGGUACCACGUGCUGCUGGAACAAACGUGAGCCUCUUCGUCACUCUUAUCUCUGCUGAGUUUAUGAUUUCAGCUGUUUUUUUUUUUUAUUAUAAAAUGGCAGAAGAGCUGAUCAUGAUUCUGCUUCGUCACCUCCGCCACAUAUCUAUGACGAUAAAGUGCAAGUCUUUUACUACACUUGUAAAAAGAGCAUCUCUCUUAUUUUGUUUUGUUGUUGAAUAGAUUCCUGUGCAAUGACACACUAAACUGGAUAUUACUGUUAACUAAUGAAUGAAAUGUUCCAACGUCAACUAUUUUAUUUUUUUAUUUUUAUUUUUAUUUUUUUUUGCAUUGUUGUGAGUCUUUAAGGACUUUAUGGGCAUUGUCUUGUUUUUAAUUUGGGCAAAGUAGUCGUUACGGUGUGUUCUGCAAGGACAGUUUGCCAGCAGGUGUGGUUUUAUUUUGUGUGUCAGUAACGGUGACGUUACACAGGAAUCACAGUCUCACUGUAACGUGGAAAAAGAAGAGAAUACAAACUGCAUCUCGGUAAUCCUCGGUGUACUUUAAAGAUGGAGAACAUGCCAGGAAAGCAUAAUAAAGAGAAAAACAC